AUGAGCAUCAGGGUACCUGGUAAGGAUGGACAGCCAUCGAUACCGCAGCACACGACAGUGCAGAUUGAUCAGCUAGGUAUAGAAAUUGGCCAGCGCAGAUACCCGCAAGUACAGUACCAAGGACCUAGCUUGCGUCAGCUGUCCAUCCCCGAACGAUAA